CGCAGGACCUCGACACGGAUCGAACGCCGCGAUGGCCAUCUCGAUGGUGCGCGCGAUGACGAUGACGACGACGACGACGACGACGACGACGACGACGCGGAAGACGACGCGGACGACGCGGAAGACGCGAACGCGAACGACGACGCGAGCGGGAAACGUAAACAUCGCGGACAACGUGACGCAACUCGUGGGAUGCACGCCGAUGGUGUACUUGAAUAAGACGUCGGAGGGAUGCGGGGCGGAGAUUGCGGCGAAACUCGAGAUAAUGGAACCGUGCUGCAGCGUGAAGGAUCGCAUCGGAUGGAGCAUGAUCGCGGCGGCGGAGGAAGAGGGGAAGAUUACGCCGGGGAAGACGACGCUCGUGGAACCGACGAGCGGGAACACCGGCAUCGGAUUGGCCUUCAUCGCGGCGGCGAAGGGGUAUAAGCUUACGCUUACGAUGCCGGCAUCGAUGAGCCUCGAGCGACGGAUUCUGUUGAAGGCGUUUGGGGCGAAUUUGGUGUUGACGGACCCGGCGAAAGGGAUGAAGGGAGCGGUGCAAAAGGCGGAGGAAAUCGCCGCCAAGACGCCGAACUCGUACGUGCUGCAACAGUUUGAAAACCCGGCUAACCCGAAGGUACAUUUUGAAACCACGGGACCGGAGAUUUGGGAAGACACCGCGGGACAGAUCGAUAUCUUUGUCGCGGGCGUCGGGACUGGCGGCACCAUCACCGGCACCGGUCGCUACUUGAAGAGCAAGAACCCGAACAUUAAGAUUGUCGCCGUCGAGCCGACGGAGUCUCCCGUGCUCUCGGGCGGUGGACCGGGUCCGCAUAAGAUUCAAGGCAUCGGUGCGGGCUUUAUCCCGGGUAUUUUGGACAUGGACGUCAUCGACGAAGUUGUGCAAAUCGCGAGCGACGACGCCAUAUCGAUGGCCAAGGAGCUCGCGUUGCAAGAAGGUUUGAUGGUCGGUAUCUCCUCCGGUGCCGCGGCCGCGGCGGCGAUUCAGCUCGCCAAGCGCCCGGAGAACGCUGGUAAGCUCAUCACGACGGUGUUCCCGUCCUUUGGCGAGCGUUACUUGUCUUCCGCGCUGUACAGCACGAUUCGCGAGGAAGCCGAAACCAUGACUGCAGAAAGUUGA